AUGUUGCAACUUUUUUUAAGUUUUUUAUUUUUUUUAUUAUUUAAAAUUUCAUUUGUUAUUACAACAACUGACUAUUACAACUAUUCAGUUAUUGCUGAGCAACAAUGGGAAAAUUAUUACUCUUCUUUUAUAAAUGAUUUGGUUUACAAGUCAUUUAGAUAUAAUGAAAAGUUAAAUUUACCAUCUUAUAUUAUUAAAAAUAAUCAAAUCCAACCAUGCGAAUUAUAUAACACAGUUAUAUAUAAUCCAUCAAUUUACACAAUUUAUUCAAAUAUUUAUCAAAUAAAGAACGAAAAUAUUAGCCAGGGUACAUUGGCUUACAAUGAAGAUUUAAAUUGUUAUGUUUUUAAUUCAGAUUUAACAUGUAAAGUUUCUUUACCAAUUUCAAGAUGUUCCGAUAACGAUUCUCCAAAUGUAUCAGACUUUAAUAAUUAUAAUAAUUUAAUAAAAAAAGGACAUAGUUUUAAAAAUAAUCUUCAGUUUUAUUAUUCAGCAAAGCAAUCAUUUCACUAUUAUAUUAGAUCAUUUUUAACUCAGUUUUCAGAUAUAGACCAAUUUAAUAGAAUAGAUAAUUAUUGGAAUAAUAUGGUUAAUAAAUUAGAUGUUUUAAUAAAGAGUAUUAUAGAACUAACUCAACCAUCUACCCCAAAGAAUAUUGGUUCCAUUUUAUCAAGUGUAGAUAGUUCAAUAUUAUCGAGUCAAUUUAAAGCAAAAAUAGUUGAUCAAACUUCUUUUACAAUAAAUACAAUUUUAGAUUCAUUAAAUUCCUUAUUAGAAAUUGUUAAUGAUUUAUUAUUAAUUACACCAUCAGCAUCUAUCUCCUCCUCCUUAUCAUAUAUCGACCAGUCAAUAAUAUCAAAUAUUCAAAAUAAUUUAAAAAUUCUCAACGAUUAUCAAAAUUUAAAUUUAAAUAUAUUCUUUGGUUCAUCACAAAAUUUUAAUCAGCAUAUUUCAGAAUUAUUUAAUUCAGGUCAAACAUUGUUAGAAUAUUAUUUAGAAUUUACAACGACAUCAAAUGUAAUAGAGUCUAUAAUUCAAGAGGUUUUGGUUUUAAAUCAAGUUUUAUUACAACAAUCAUCAAAACAAAAUCUAAAUUCUAUUAUUUAUAAUUUAGAUCUUCAAAAAUUUAAUUUUAAUAAGUUAAAACAACAAGAAUCAAAUUUAUCUAUAGUUUUAAAAUUAAUUAAAUCAUCCACAAAUAUUAAUAACAAUAGUAAUAAUAAUAAUAAUUCAUUUUAUUGUAAUUAUUUAAUAAUAGAAUCAAUAAUAAAAUCAUUCAACCAAAUAAUUAAUCCAAAUAAUCUUUUAGAGAUUCAACAGUUGGUUUUUAAAUCAUCUACUUUUGGAGAUAUUGGUUAUUGUAGAGACUUGUUUCAGAGGAGUUCGAAAUUAACAAUGGAUCUUACUGUUUUUAAUCAGCUUAGUGCUGUUAGAGAACUUGGUGAUCUAGUGAAUCAAGAUAUUUUAUCUUAUGACUUUGGUUUUCCCAAUACAAAGCUUAUUACAUCAAAUUUAUUCUCAUCAAUUAUUAAAGAUACUGGUGCUGCCCAGUUUCAAAAAGAUGGUUUGGUUUUAAAUGUUUCAUAUCCAUCGUCUACAGGUAAACCUACUCCUCAGGCUCCUCCUGGUCCAUUCCCAAUAGUUCCGCAAAACCCAAAUUUUCAAUGCCAGUAUCCAAGUUGUUUGUGGGGUAAUACAGGUAGUCAAUGUCAAGAUACCCCCAGUAACUAUUUUUACUUUUUAGAAGGGCAAUGUGAUUUUUGUAUUGAUUUACCUGUCAAUAGUGAAAGGGCUUUUUUAGGUGGUGUUCGUACUCCUGAUGGUCGAAUUGGUAUAUCUCCAAAUUGUCCAUAUAUUUGUACAUUAAAAGGACAGUAUAAACUAGGUGAUGCUGAUGACUAUAACAAAGAGUGUAUUGAUGCUCCUAUUGGUUAUUACUCUCCAGCCUAUAAUAAUACUUUAUAUAAAUGUACAAUUCCAUCAACAUAUCGUUUACCAAAUAGACUAGGUUUCGGUUCAAAUGGUUUCUCAGAUAGUUGCACAAUUACACCUCUUUAUCAAAUGGUGUUUAUUAAUUCAAAUUAUGACACUGAAAGAAAUGUUUUACCAUCCUCAAUUUUAGAUCGCGGUAAAACUAUUGAAAUGUGGUUGUCCAUUCAAAAUUUGCCAAGUGAAGACUCUGUCCUUGGUUUAACAGGUAUUCAUGGGUCUUUUGAAAUAUCAUUCAUCUAUAAACACACAACAAAAACUAUUACACCAGCUAUUACUGAUUCUUCAUCUCAAGCUAUUAUCUUUUCAGAUAGUUCAAUUAGUAUCCCAGUAUCAAAUAUAAAUACUUUUUUCCAUUUUGCUGUUGUAAUUGAAAGUAAUAAUAUUCUUAGUUUUUACAUAAAUGCUAAAAGAAUGGGAAAAUCUAUUUUUUCAAGUUCAAAGAUAAAUCAAUCCCCAGGUUUUCAAUAUAUAGGUGCAAAACAAUUUCAUAGAAUGUCAUUUCUAAUUGAUGAAUACCAUACAUUUGACCAAGCUUUAUCGCCAAGCCAAUUAGGUUAUAAGGUGAGAUCUGAAAUGAUUGCUUCAUCUUGCAAUGCUCAAAUUAAUGAAAGGUUAUGUAAUGGAAGCUGUGUCUCAUGCAAUCUUAAUUUUGGGCUAGUUUUAGAUAUCACUGACUGCAGUUGUAAAUGUUCAGAUUCAGCAAAUAUGGAAAUUGUGAAUGGAAAAUGUAUUCAAAGGUGCCCACCAAAUUCAUUUAGAGAUUCUUCACUACAAUGUUCAUGUGUUGAUGGAGAAUAUAAAGUUUUACAUGCAAAUUAUGUUAAAAUUUCCUCAAUAUACCAGUAUGAUAGUCAAGAAAACUAUUAUUCAUCCAACACUGAUAAAAAAAUUGGUUUAAAGUCAGUACAGAUUUAUAACCAAAAGGGGGAAAAAAUUAUUCCUGCUUCCUGUUCUUCAAAUAGUAAUGAUGGAAAUGAUUGUUAUGGUCUUUUUGAUGAUUCUGCUUCAACAUAUUGGUGUAGUGCAGGUUUUUCGGGUUAUGGUUAUGUUUUAUUUAAUUUAAAGACAACAGAAAAAAUAUCAAAGAUCUCAAUAGAACCAUUACCAAAUAUUUUUACAAUGAAAACCAUAACAAUAUCAAUAUCUAAAGAUUCCAAUACUUUUGAAACUACAACUGAUAUUUUUGUGCUACCAACACAAGCCAAUCCAACAACAAUUGAUUUUAAUUUGGUUUCUGAUGAUUUAACGCUUUUCCAAUGUGGGCAAUGUCCAACUACUUCAUCAUUUAAGGAAAGUGAAUCAUCCAUUCAAUAUAGGUAUCCUCCAACUUCAGUUUAUCCACACAAUUCAAUUGAUACAUGUGGUUGUUUUGGUAGAUUUUCAUUUGAUAGCUUUGCAUGUAUGCCACCAUUACCUUCACCUGGUUUUACUCUAGCUUCUGGACCAUAUAAAACAAAUACCCUUGUAAAUAUAGUUUAUAAUAUUCAAGUUACAACUGGUUAUAGCCUUAGAUACACUAUUGAUUCAAGUGAUCCAUUAGAAACUUCAACAUUAUUCCCUAUUGAACAAGGUAUUAUGUUUGAUAAUAUUGAAACUGUGGUAUUAAAAGUACGUUCAUUUAAAAAGGGUCGUUUAACAAGUGAUGUAGCUUCAGCAGUUUACUAUAUUCAAGGUCUUAUUAACUGUACUCUUUCACCAAUUGGGGGUGAUGCUAAAAUAUACGAUGUUAGUGUAACAGUUAAAAUCAAUUGCGAAACCUCACCCUCAUUUAGCAGCAUUUCAUCAUCUUGGAUAUUUUUUACAACUGAUAAUAGUGAACCUAAUAUAUUUUCAGAUAAAUAUAAUCCAAAGUAUGGGGUUACUUUACAAUCAAAUCCAACAAUUGGUAUGAACUAUAUAACUUUUAAAGUUUUAUCUCAAUUAGAAAAGUAUUUUAGUUUUACUGGAGAGUUCCUUUACAAAAUUCAACCAACAAUUCCACCACCAACAUUUACUCCACCAAACCAAUUAAAUUUUGUAAACUAUGUUCCUUUAAAAAUAUUAGUUCCAUCAAUUAAAGAUAGCGAAUCAACUUCAAUUUCAACAGAAACUUUUUAUCAGAAUUAUAUUAUAUUUUAUGAUUUAAUACCUCAAGGAGAAACAAACCCCGCACCAUUAACAAAGACUUCAGGUAUUAAAUAUAAUCUGGACGAAUAUAUUACAGUUGAAUGUGGUUACCCCUCAGAGGGCUGUUUGUUACAUUUAAGAGCCAUCGGUUGUAUAAACGAAGCAUGCUCGGUUAUAACACAAAAGUUCUUUAAGGUAUCAUUCAAUAUGACAGAGUUAACACCAGCUAUUAUACCAAAGUACCAAAGAGAAUUCAAAAGCUAUCUAAUUAAAAUUCAAAGUAAUUCAAAUUUAAUGGAUCUGGAAACUUUUUAUAAUUUUAAAUUAUUACAAAGCGAUGCGACUAGUGAUGACUCUAAAUUACUUAAUCAAUGUCAAAAAGAAAUGAAUAUUCAAUUUGGUGAACCAGUUAUAAAAUAUAAUUUACCGUUUAAUAUUUCAUCAAAUUUAAAAGGAUAUUUUUGCGUUUGUUCAAAAAACUUUAAAUUUUAUAACAAUAACUUAUUAAGUAGUCUUCAGGUUUGUAAAUUAUUAGUUUACACAAAUCAAAUGGAUCCACCUAUUUUCUUACAGCAUGGUGAAUAUAUCGAAAGUAAACUUCAAUUAAAUAUUUAUGAGGAUAUUAGAAAUUAUAAACAUACAGGUUUGUUUAGAGUCGAAGUUAAUAAUGGCAAUCCAACUGAAGAGUCCCAACUUUUAAAUUCGAAUAAUAUUAUUUUGAAUUUAUCUCCAUCCUUAUCAUACCAAAUGUUUUCUAUUAGUGCCAUUGAUUGUGCAAAAGGUUUUAUUUGCUCAGAGCCAUCCAACACCUCGAUUACAUUAAGAGCCACAUGUCCAGAUCCAUAUGUUUCAACAGCUCCAGGUAUAUAUUAUAGUAAUGUUACAGUUUAUGGCUAUUGUGAUGGUGGAUGUACACCAGUUUAUGAGUAUCUUAAUUCAUCAUUAUCCAAAGAUGAAGAGGCCACACCUUUAAAUAGAAACUCACCGGUACUUUCAUCAAGUUUAUUUUUAACAUCACCAACCAAUGAAGAAACUAUCACUAUUCUUUUAAUGAUGUGUAUUGAUUCAUUGAAAGCAAAUAGCAAAACAUUAGAUUUCCAAUAUAAUGUCCAAAAGUAUUAUAGACCAAAUAAACCAACUAUUAUACCAGGCCAAUCAGGAAUUUUAGGUAGUAAAAAUUUAAUAGAGAUGAAAUGUAGUUCAUUAGACUCGAGGGAGACUUGUUUUAUUUUGUUUACCAUUAGAUAUGCAGAUUCUAUUUCAAAUGUACCACUCGAAAUUGAUGCAAUUCCCCAAAAUUCAAAUUCAAAUUCAAUGUAUUAUGACUAUAAAUAUGUUAAACCGUUCAGACCCAAUAUAGUUGGCCGUUACUAUAUUGUGGCUAUUACAGUUAUAAGCAACCCAUAUUUAAAAUACGAUUAUGCAUACUCCACCGAAGCGUCUAUCGAAAUAUCUAUUUUCGACACCGCCCCACAAAUUGAAAUGGUUCCAAAUAUCUCUUUAUUUUAUCCAAGUGCCAGUGUAUUAUUAACAUCAAAUAAACUUUCAACCGAAGAUACAAUUUUAUAUUAUAUAGCAAAUGAAACUGAUGAAUAUUAUCACCUAAAUACUUCAAACAAUCAUCCACCAUUAUCAAAAUUUAUACCUUUUAACGAAAGCACAACCCUUUUAAUUAAAUCAACUUGUAUUAUUUAUGCUUUUGUUGAAGGAAAAUAUUACGAUCUAAUAACAUCCAACUCUAUUCAAUUCUUUGCAUUGGUCUAUGAUAAGCAAAAAGAAAUUAUAGACACAGAAAAUCAAGAUAAUCAUUCAGACAACAAUCUUAAAUAUUUAUCAUUUUUAAUUUUACUAUCUGCUCCAAUUUCAUAUUUAAUAUAUAAAUCCUAUAAUAUAUUAAUGCUUUAUAAAUAUAAAAAACUUUUAAAACUAUCAAAAAAAACAGGUUUAUUAUUAAAUAAAUAUUAA